ACACAGACACCGCGACAGCACCUCGGCAGUUGUAUUGUAGUAAGUGCGCAGUCUCAUUCUUAGCUGCGCAAGCGCUCGCCGCGUCUGAAGAAAGCCUCAGUGCUGAACUGGCGGCCGCAGCGACCGCACCGGCCUGCCGACCAUGCGGCAUUUGUGACUCAAGUGUUGUGAAUUUUGUGUUCAAGCGCAGUGUCCGUGCAUUAACCCCAACCCUGAUAGUGCCUAACCGGAUUUUUUAAACACGGAACGCCCCGCGGCGUGCUAAAGAUUUACAAUGUUGAUAAGGUGUCCGGCGGCACUGUGUGCCGUCGUAUUCCUGCUGAGUGCAACGCUCGCGAACUCCGAGGGAAACGUCUUCACGUGUCCAAAUGGGUGGGAACUCAGAGGACUACACUGCUACAAAUUCUUCAACAUCAGGCAUUCUUGGGAAAAAGCCGCCGAAUUAUGUCGAAGGUACGGCAGCGAAUUGAUGGUCGUAGACACAUAUCCCGAAAACAACAUGACUGCGAAUAUGGUGCCAUCUAGUCCUAGUAACAAUCACUAUUGGCUUGGACUUGCAUCUGUCGACGAUCUUAGGACGAAUACACUCGAAUCAGCUGCUGGAGCUUUAGUAUCUCAAUAUGCCGGCUUCUGGGACCUACGACAACCAAACCCGAAAGACGGAGAAUGCGUCGACGUCCACGUUACAUCUCAAAGCCAAUCAUGGGAAUUAACGACUUGCGAGACUUUAUUGCCUUUUAUGUGUAAAGCAAACGCCUGCCCCGCCGGAACCUUCCAUUGUUCAAACGGAAGAUGCAUAAACGCAGCCUUCAAGUGCGACAAACAAGACGAUUGUGGCGAUGCAUCCGACGAAAUGGACUGUGCUUCUGAAUGUCAUUUCUACAUGGCUAGCAGCGGAGAUGUUGUCGAAAGUCCUAACUAUCCUCACAAAUAUCCACCAUUUAGCGAAUGCAAAUGGACACUCGAAGGACCGCAAGGUCAAAAUAUUGUUCUACAGUUCCAAGAUUUUGAAACUGAAAAGUCUUUUGACACUGUUCAAAUUUUAGUCGGCGGCAGGACCGAAGACAAAUCUGUUAAUUUGGCGACAUUGUCUGGAAAACAAGAUUUAUCGAACAAACUUUACGUAUCCGCUUCGAACUUUAUGAUAAUUAAAUUUAGCACGGAUGGGUCCGUAGAAAGGAAAGGAUUCCGUGCGUCUUGGAAGACUGAAUCAUCAAACUGUGGUGGUAUUUUGAGAGCUACACCUCAAGGUCAAGUUCUAACUUCACCUGGCUAUCCCACUGGCUAUCCUGGUGGUCUGGAAUGCAUGUACAUAAUCGAAGCACAACCUGGUAGAAUAGUUUCAUUAGAAAUCGAAGACUUAGAAUUAGGCAUGAACAGAGAUUACAUUGUAAUCAAGGAUGGAAAUACUCCUUCCAGCCCUGUACUUGCUAGACUUACUGGACCAGGCGAAGACAAUCAGAAAGUUGUUAUAUCCACAACAAAUCACCUUUACAUGUACUUUAGAACAAGUCUUGGUGAUUCUAAAAAAGGAUUCAACAUGCGAUACUCUCAAGGCUGCAAGGCAACUAUAAUAGCUGCUAACGGUACAUUUACCUCUCCAGCUUACGGCUUAACAAAUUAUCCAAAUAACCAAGAAUGUUUAUACAGAAUCAAAAAUCCUAACGGUGGUCCUCUUUCCCUUAAAUUCGACGAGUUUAAUAUCAACCCAUCUGAUGUGGUUCAAGUGUUUGACGGAUCAAGUACAAGUGGCCUAAGGUUACACUCAGAUAAUGGAUUUACGAUUAAACCAAGAAUAACAUUGACAGCUUCCAGUGGCGAAAUGCUAGUACGUUUUGUAUCUGAUGCCUUACACAAUGGACAAGGCUGGAAGGCGACGUUCUCAGCUGAUUGCCCACCCCUAAAAUCUGGCUUAGGUGCCCUAGCAUCAAACAGAGAUACAGCCUUUGGAACAGUUAUAACAUUCUCUUGUCCGAUUGGACAAGAAUUCGCUACAGGAAAAUCCCGUAUUACGACCAAAUGUUUAGCUGGAGGAAAAUGGUCCACAACUUACAUACCUAGCUGUCAAGAGGUUUAUUGUGGUCCCGUUCCGCAAAUCGACAAUGGAUUCUCAAUUGGUUCCACUAACGUUACUUAUCGAGGUGUCGCCACAUAUCAAUGUUAUGCCGGUUUCGCUUUCCCAACCGGACAGCCUAUAGAAAGAAUAUCUUGCUUAUCUGACGGACGCUGGGAAAGAACACCAACGUGUUUAGCAUCACAGUGCGUGGCAUUGCCCGAUGUCCCACAUGCAAAUGUCACUAUUCUUAAUGGCGGAGGUCGAAGCUACGGUACUAUCGUGCGUUACGAGUGUGAGCCUGGCUACGUUAGGUCAGGUCAACCAGUACUUCUUUGUAUGAGCAACGGUACGUGGUCUGGAGAUGUUCCAACGUGUUCGAAGGCACUAUGUCCAAAGUUCCCGGAAAUCAAAAAUGGAUUUAUCGUUGACCAAACACGAGUCUACAUGUACGGCGAUGAAGCACGUGUUCAAUGCUUCAAGGGUUACAAACUUAACGGACCAAGUGUAUUGAAGUGCGGACCAAACCAAGAAUUCGACCCGGCACCGACUUGCGAAGAUAUCAAUGAAUGUGUCAGCAGUCAGUGUGACUCAUCCUCUACCGAAUGUAAAAAUACACCUGGAGGUUUCUUUUGCCCUUGCCGGUCUGGUUUCGCACCAAGCUUAGACUGCAGGCCUGUUGGUGAUUUGGGACUUAUCAAUGGAGCAAUACCAGACGAGUCUAUUACAACAUCUGUACCAGAGUCUGGAUAUUCCAAAGGGAUGGUACGCCUUAACAAUGGAGGUGGUUGGUGCGGCAAUAAUUUGGAAGCCGGAGCGAACUGGGUCUUGGUUGACUUAAGAGCACCAACAAUAAUCAGGGGAUUCAGAACAAUGAGCGUUAUGCGCGCUGACGGCAACAUUGCAUUCACAUCUGCUAUAAGAAUACAGUAUACUAAUGACCUGACGGAUGUAUUCAAAGAUUACACGAACCCUGAUGGUACCGCUGUUGAAUUCCGUAUUUUAGAACCUACACUAUCUGUUCUUAACUUACCGAUGGCAAUUGAAGCUCAGUACGUCAAAUUCAAGAUACAAGAUUAUGUAGGAGCACCUUGUCUUAAAUUGGAAAUUAUGGGUUGCGCACGAUUGGACUGUUUAGAUAUCAACGAGUGCAGUGAAAACAACGGUGGUUGCGAUCAAAAAUGUAUAAACACAGCUGGAAACUUCUCAUGCUCGUGUAACCUUGGAUUCGAACUUUACUCGACAAAUGGAACUGCUGGUUUCUCUAUCGAAACUUCAGAAACAGGUGAAAGAGACGGUGACACAUAUCAACGAAACAAGUCUUGUGUUCCAAUUAUGUGCCCGCCUCUUGCACCCCCGGAAAAUGGACAGCUUCUUUCAACGAAGAAAACAUACCACUUUGGAGAUGUUGUCCAAUUCCAAUGCGACUUCGGAUAUGUUAUGUCUGGAUUCUCUUCACUGCAGUGUACUUCAAGUGGUACUUGGAAUGGAACUGCACCUGAAUGUCAAUAUGCUCGAUGUGUGACAUUGUCUGAUGACAAAAACGACGGGUUGAAGAUUAUAAGAGAAGACCCAGAAAGCGUGCUGGUACCAUACAGGGAGAAUGUAACGAUAACUUGCGCUUCGUCUGGAAGACAACUAAGAAAUACCAUCACAUCAUCAUUCAGACAAUGUGUCUAUGAUCCUAAACCAGGUCUUCCUGACUAUUGGCUAUCUGGUGCUCAACCGCAAUGUCCAAGAAAAGAUUGUGGUGUUCCAAUGCCAACACCAGGAGCUGAAUAUGGCCAAUACCUUGACACCAGAUAUCAGAGUUCUUUCUUCUUCGGAUGCCAGAACACUUUCAAACUCGCGGGACAAACCAGCAAACAUGAUAACGUAGUCAGAUGUCAAGCAAACGGUAUUUGGGACUUCGGUGAUUUGCGAUGCGAAGGACCUGUAUGUGAUGACCCAGGUAGACCAGCUGAUGGAUAUCAGAUCGCAAGAAGCUAUGAACAAGGCUCCGAAGUAUUAUUUGGCUGUUCGAGACCGGGAUAUAUUUUGAUCAAUCCUAGACCUAUUACUUGUAUACGUGAGCCCGAAUGUAAAGUAAUCAAACCCCUUGGUCUGGCUUCGGGUAGAAUACCUGACUCUGCAAUCAACGCCACCUCGGAGAGACCUAAUUAUGAAGCACGAAACAUCCGUCUCAAUUCAGUAACGGGAUGGUGCGGCAAACAAGAAGCGUUCACUUACGUCAGCGUCGACUUAGGAAGAGUAUAUAGAGUCAAAGCAAUUCUUGUGAAGGGUGUCGUAACUUCCGACAUCGUCGGUCGUCCAACGGAAAUAAGAUUCUUCUACAAACAAGCGGAAAGUGAAAAUUACGUCGUUUAUUUCCCUAACUUCAAUUUAACAAUGCGAGACCCCGGAAACUACGGUGAAUUAGCCAUGAUAACUUUGCCUAAGUAUGUACAAGCAAGAUUUGUCAUUUUGGGUAUUGUCAGUUUCAUGGACAAUGCUUGUCUCAAAUUUGAAGUAAUGGGUUGUGAAGAACCUAAAACAGAUCCACUAUUAGGAUACGAUUACGGAUAUUCGCCUUGUGUUGAUAAUGAACCGCCUGUAUUCCAAAAUUGUCCUCAACAGCCGAUUAUAGUACAAACUGACGUUAAUGGCGGAUUGCUUCCAGUGAACUUCACAGAACCAACUGCUACUGAUAACUCUGGCGCAAUUGCUAGAUUAGAAGUAACACCUCAGCACUUCAAAACACCUAUUCAAGUUUUCCAUAAUAUGGUUGUAAGAUACGUAGCUUUCGACUUUGAUGGAAACGUAGCAAUUUGUGAAGUUAAUAUAACUAUACCCGACUACACUCCGCCAAAACUUAGCUGUCCACAGAGCUAUGUUAUUGAAUUAGUAGACAAACAAGAUAGCUAUGCUGUCAACUUCAAUGAUACUAGAAGAAGAAUAAAUGCAUCUGAUGCAUCUGGAGAAGUCUUCUUGAAGUUCAUCCCAGAACGGGCUGUAAUACCUAUCCGUGGAUAUGAGAACGUAACCGUAAUUGCCUCAGACAAGUACGGCAAUAAGGCCCAGUGUAAUUUCCAAGUAUCGGUUCAAGCUACACCGUGUGUUGACUGGGAAUUAAUGCCACCAGCGAAUGGUGCUUUGAAUUGCCUCCCUGGAGACAGAGGAAUACAGUGUAUCGCUACUUGCGGUCCUGGUUUUAGGUUUACUGAUGGAGAACCAGUAAAAACAUUUGUUUGUGAAACGAAACGCGCAUGGGUACCUACAGCUGUUGUACCGGACUGCGUUUCUGAAAACACCCAACAAGCCGCUUAUCACGUUGUCCCGAGCGUUCAAUACAGAGCUCUUGGAGCAGUUUCGAACGCUUGUUUGCCACAAUAUAAAGAUCUGCUAGCUCAAUACGACAACAUCCUGAAUGAAAGGCUGUCUCAACGUUGUUCGGCUGUUAAUGUCAACAUGAAUGUCACCUUUGUCAAAGCAAUGCCGAGCUUACUGGACGAAAACGUGGUGAAAAUGGACUUUGUGUUAGCUAUCACGCCAGCUAUAAAACAAACAAAACUAUAUGAACUAUGUGGUUCAACACUCAAUCUUAUAUUCGACUUAUCUGUGCCAUACGCUAGUGCUUUAAUUGAGCCGGUACUUAACGUAUCCUCAAUCGGAAAUCAAUGUCCUCCUCUGAGAGCAAUAAGAAGUUCCAUCACAAGUGGAUUCACUUGUAGUGUAGGCGAGGUAUUGAAUAUGGAUACAAACGACGUUCCUAGAUGUUUGCACUGUCCUGCUGGAACAUUCGCUGGAGAAAGCCAAAAAUCUUGUACGAUGUGUCCUCGAGGUUACUUCCAAAAUCAAGCCCGUCAAGGUUCAUGUCUGAAAUGCCCAUCAGGGACGUUUACCAGAGAAGAAGGUUCCAAAGAUAUUUCAGAUUGCAUACCAGUCUGCGGUUAUGGUACAUACUCUCCCACUGGAUUGGUUCCUUGUUUAGAAUGUCCACGCAACAGUUACACAGGCGAACCACCAGUCGGAGGCUUUAAGGAUUGCCAGGCCUGUCCAGUCAAUACGUUCACCUACCAACCAGCAGCCUCAGGCAGAGAUAAGUGUAGAGCUAAGUGCGCUACUGGAACAUAUUCGCCAACCGGACUUGCCCCAUGUUCUCAAUGCCCGAGGAACUUCUAUCAAAACUUAGUUGGGCAAACAUUAUGUAUGGAGUGUCCAACAAAUAUGAAGACUGUUGUUACCGGAGCUUCUGGAUUAGAAGAAUGUCUACCAGUAGAAUGUUCAAACAGCGCAUGCCAACACGGGGGUCUUUGCGUGCCUAAAGGGCAUGGUGUCCAAUGUUACUGCCCCGCAGGAUUUUCGGGACGUAGAUGUGAAAUAGACAUUGACGAGUGCGCUAGCCAACCAUGCUACAAUGGUGGUACUUGUACGGACUUACCACAAGGAUAUAGGUGCGCAUGUCCAACAGGAUAUGGUGGAAUUAACUGUCAAGAAGAAAGGACCGACUGUAGAAACGACACGUGCCCUGAAAGAGCAAUGUGUAAAGAUGAACCUGGCUUCGACAAUUAUACGUGUUUGUGUAGAUCAGGUUACACUGGUGUUGACUGCGACAUCACGAUUGAUCCUUGCUCCGCUAAUGGAAACCCUUGCGCUAACGGUGCUAGCUGCAUCGCUUUACAACAAGGCCGUUAUAAGUGCGAAUGUCUGCCAGGAUGGGAAGGCCAGCUUUGUGAAAUCAAUACCGACGAUUGUAUAGAGAAACCGUGUCUUCUUGGCGCUGCCUGUACUGAUCUAGUCAAUGACUUUAGUUGUGCUUGUCCAGCAGGCUUCACAGGAAAACGUUGUCACGAAAAAAUAGACCUCUGCUCGAACGAACCAUGCAAACAUGGAAUUUGUGUAGAUAAGCUCUUCAUACACCAAUGCAUUUGUGAUCCUGGAUGGUCUGGUCCAUCAUGCGACAUUAAUAUUAAUGAGUGCGUAAUUUCACCUUGUGAAAACGGCGGACAAUGUAUUGAUGGCAUUGACGACUUCAAUUGUAUUUGUGAAGCAGGAUAUACCGGAAAGAGAUGUCAACACACAAUCGAUGAUUGCUUAUCAAACCCAUGCCAGAACGGUGCUAGUUGUAUUGACCAAUUAGAAGGAUUCAUUUGUAAAUGCAGACCUGGAUUUGUAGGUUUACAAUGUGAAACGGCUAUAGACGAAUGUUUGAACGAGCCAUGUAAUCCAAUUGGCACAGAGCGCUGUAUCGAUUUAGAUAAUAAAUUCCAAUGCGUCUGUCAUGAAGGUUUUACGGGUGAAAUGUGUGAAACCAAUAUCGAUGACUGUGCUUCGGAUCCUUGUUUCAAUGGAGGUUCCUGCAAAGAUGAAAUAGGCGGAUAUAAAUGUGCUUGCCAACCUGGAUGGACCGGUAAACGUUGUGAAAGAGACAUUGGCAAUUGUCAAAACCAACCUUGUCAGAACCACGCUAAUUGUAUCGACUUAUUCCAAGAUUACUUCUGCGUGUGCCCAAGUGGAACUGAUGGCAAACAAUGUGAAACAGCCCCUGAAAGAUGUAUUGGCAGUCCGUGCAUGCAUGGUGGAAAGUGUCAAGACUUUGGUUCUGGGCUUAACUGCACAUGUUCUAAUGACUAUACCGGCAUUGGAUGCCAAUAUGAAUUCGACGCAUGUGAAGCUGGCCUCUGCCAGAACGGUGCUACGUGUGUUGAUGAAGGUGAAGGUUAUACGUGCAUAUGUGCCCCUGGCUUCAAAGGAAAGAACUGUGAUGAGGAUAUAAUUGACUGCAAAGAAAACUCGUGCCCACCUUCCGCAACAUGCAUUGAUCUACCUGGACGAUUCUACUGCCAAUGUCCAUUUAAUCUUACGGGCGAUGAUUGUAGAAAGACAAUAAGUGUGGAUUAUGACCUAUACUUCAGUGACCCGUUACGUUCAAGUGCUGCUCAAGUUGUACCAUUCGAUACGGGAUCUUCAGACAGUUUGACAGUAGCGAUGUGGGUCCAAUACACACAACAAGACGAAGGCGGUGUAUUCUUUACCGCUUACAGCGUUAGUAACUCCCACAUUGCGCUUAACAGAAGACAAGUUAUACAAGCUCAUUCUAACGGCGUUCAAGUUUCACUGUUCCCGGAACUGCAGGAUGUGUAUCUAAGUUUCGGAGAAUACGCUACGGUAAAUGACGGACAAUGGCAUCACGUCGCUUUAGUCUGGGACGGCAGCAACGGAGGAGAACUAACUCUUAUCACGGAAGGUUUGAUUGCAAGCAAAAUUGAAGGAUACGGCAGCGGACGAACACUACCGAAAUAUGUUUGGGUCACACUUGGUAAACCUCAAUCAGACAAUCCUAAAGCUUAUACAGAAGCAGGUUUCCAAGGACACUUAACUAAAGUGCAAAUAUGGAACCGAGCUCUGGACGUUACAAAUGAAAUUCAAAAGCAAGUCCGUGACUGUAGAACUGAACCAGUUUUGUACAAUGCCUUGGUACUCACAUGGGCUGGAUAUGAAGACGUCGUCGGAGGAGUUGAGAGAAUAGUACCAUCACAUUGUGGCCAGAGAGUAUGUCCAAACGGUUAUUCUGGCGCUAAAUGUCAACAAUUACAAGUAGACAAAGAGCCGCCACACGUAGACCGUUGUCCUGGUGAUUUAUGGGUAAUUGCGAAGAACGGUUCAUCUAUCGUCAGUUGGGAUGCACCUGUAUUUAGUGACAAUGUUGGAGUCGCUAGGGUGAUGGAGAAAUCUGGACAUAAGCCCGGUGAAAACCUUGCCUGGGGAGCAUAUGAUAUUGCCUACAUUGCAUACGAUGCUGCCGGCAACGCCGCUACCUGCACCUUCAAAGUUACCGUUUUGUCUGAAUUCUGCCCACCAUUACCGGAUCCACUCGGAGGUUAUCAAUCCUGCCGCGACUGGGGUGCAGGCGGUCAAUUCAAAGUGUGCGAAAUAGCUUGUCGGGACGGUCUUCGCUUCUCGCAGCAGGUCCCACCAUUCUACACCUGCGGUGCCGAAGGAUUCUGGCGCCCAACGUCCGAUCCAAAUCUACCACUUGUAUACCCAGCAUGUUCACCGGCUUCACCAGCUCAGCGCGUUUUCAAGAUUUCGAUGUUGUUCCCAAGUUCUGUGCUCUGUAAUGACGCAGGACAAGCCGUACUUCGCCAGAAAGUUCGCAGCGCUAUUAACCAACUGAACAGGGAUUGGAACUUCUGCUCCUACGCUGUCGAUGGUACCCGCGAGUGCAAAGAAUUAGAUAUCAACGUGAAAUGCGAUCACCGUGCAAACUCCCGCCAAACAAGACAAGUGUCUUCUCCGCCCACAAUACAAACUGAGGAUACUUACGUUCUAGAUGCCAUCAUACCCGUCGAAGAGACACGAAGCAGUAGGGAGGGCCGUCAAGUGGGCGAUACGUACAGCGUCGAGAUAGCGUUCCCGGCCAUCAACGACCCAGUGAUCCACAGCGGCAACAACGAAAGGGCAACUGUGCAAAGAUUGCUGGAGAAACUAAUUCUCGAAGACGAACAAUUCGACGUUCGAAACAUUCUGCCGAACACUGUUCCUGAUCCGGCUAGCCUGUCGUUAGUUUCCGACUAUGCUUGUCCGAUGGGACAGGUCGUUAUGGCGCCUGAUUGUGUUGCCUGCGCGGUGGGCACAUUCCUGGACGCUGCCAGUGACUCCUGCCAGCCGUGUCCGUUGGGAAGCUAUCAAUCAGAAGCUGGACAACUUCAAUGCUCACCAUGUCCAGCGAUUGCCGGACAGCCUGGGGUGACCCAAACCACAGGGGCACGAAGCGCCGCCGAUUGCAAAGAACGAUGCGCUGCGGGUAAAUAUUACGAUGCCGAAGCGGAACUAUGUCGGCCAUGCGGGCACGGCUCAUACCAACCGCGCGAGGGUGCAUUCUCUUGCAUUGCUUGCCCGAGAGGACAGACUACCCGCGCUACAGAAGCAGUCUCGGCCGCUGAAUGCAGAGACGACUGUCCAUCAGGUGAACAACUGAGUAGUGAUGGUGGUUGCGAGCCGUGUCCUCGUGGUACUUGGAGGGCGAACGGUGCCGGAGCUGCGUGCAUGCCUUGUCCACCUGGUACCACUACCCCACAAACCGGCGCGUCAUCAGCUGAUCAAUGCUCUUUGCCUGUCUGCAGACCUGGUUCCUACCUCAACGUCACACUUAACACCUGUAUCCAAUGCCGAAAGGGUACAUAUCAGUCCGAAGCUCAACAAACAGUGUGCGUGCCUUGUCCCAUCAAUACCAGUACUAGGGAACCAGGAGCGGCAUCGGAAGCAGAAUGUACAAAUCCAUGCGACAUGAGCGGUCCGGAGAUGCACUGCGACGUCAAUGCGUAUUGCCUCUUGAUACACGACACUAGCGAGUUCAAAUGUCAAUGCAAGCCAGGCUUUAACGGCACAGGAAAAGUUUGUAUAGACGUGUGCCUGAACUACUGCGACAAUGGCGGCGAGUGCGUGAAGGACGCGCGCGGCGAGCCGUCCUGCCGCUGCACCGGCUCUUUCACCGGCCGCCAUUGUCGCGACAAGAGCGAGUUCGCGUACAUUGCUAGCGGCGUCGCUGGAGGGGUCAUCUUCAUUAUAUUCCUCGUGCUGCUUGUCUGGAUGAUCUGUGCUAGGUCAACAAAGAGGAAAGAACCAAAGAAGACACUAACUCCAGCAAUCGACCAAAACGGAUCACAAGUGAACUUCUAUUACGGAGCGCACACACCUUACGCGGAGUCGAUAGCGCCAUCUCACCACUCGACCUACGCACAUUACUACGACGACGAGGAAGAUGGGUGGGAAAUGCCAAAUUUCUACAACGAAACCUACAUGAAAGAGAGUCUACAUAAUGGUAUGAACGGCAAGAUGAACAGUUUAGCGCGGUCAAACGCUAGCAUAUACGGGACGAAGGAAGACUUGUAUGACAGAUUGAAAAGACACGCGUACCCGGGUAAGAAAGAUAAGAGUGACAGUGACAGCGAAGGUCAGUAAUCGAGGAGGACUGCGCGUGGCGUAUUCUGGUCAAUCUUAAUAAUCAUUAGUAUCAAUUCUCGGUAUACAUAAUCCAAAGCGAAAAUGGGUAAAACUACAGUACCCAUAAUAUGACAGUUUCAGAAACUUAUUAUUGUCUAUACUGAAUUAUAAUAAAAAUAGAAGACUUUUAUCGACCGAGGGUUUGUAGAGUUUUGUAAUCUGUUAGCUUUAUUCUUUUUAGGUUUAAUACUUGAAUUGCGUAUUAACACAUUCACUGUGUAACGGCCCACCAAAUAAAUAAUAAUUUAACACAAUGCAGGGCUAAAUUCUUUAACAAAACAGUAGUAGAAAAUAACAAAUUAAAAACAAUGUCAACAGCUGAUAAGAAAACAGUAACGCAUCAUAAUCUUGAGAAAACAAUGCUGAAUGCAACCUAAUGAUCAAAAUACUUUUAUGUAAGAGUAUACUUUACAAUCACUAUAUUAAAAUACGUCACAACUAGAGGUGAUGAAGCAAGAAUAUAACUUGUUUGUGAAAGGAGAAAAGCCGUGCAAACAUCGUAAAACAGUGAAUGUGUUGAUGUCCCAAAAUAAUACGAACAAAAUGCUCAAGUAUAUUUUUAAGGCGUACACUGCCAUAUCAGAAAUCCGGACUUACGGAAACGAACAAUUUCUAUUGAAUUGUACUUACAUUCCAGACAUAAACCGUGUAAAUAUAAUUAAAAUGCUUUGUAUAUUUAUAUACGAGGUGUUUGUAUUAGUCGUUAAAAUGUUAUUCGUAGGUUAUUAUAGAGAAAUUAUUACCGAUUAAUACCAACACCAAUUAUUAGAUUUAGGGCAGUUUACGUUUUGUAUAAUAAACUGAACUGUAUUAUUAAAGUGCGUAUGUGUAAAUGUGUAUGUGAUUCCAAAUGGUGUAUAGAAUGUUUUUAUAUUAUAGAAAUGAAUUAAUUCAUGUAUUAUAUCCAGUACAUUUUGUAUUAAUAUGUAAGUUAAGUUUCGCAUAAUAAUUUAUGACACAUAUCUUGUUAACAUUAGAUAUAUCGGGUAUAUGACUUAACAAAAUACGUUUGAGAAUAUUAUACCAAACAUGUUGACUGGGAUUUAAGAAUUAUGGAGGUGGAUAAAACGAUUUCAAUACUCAUUGAGUGGGCAAUAUUCCAUCACAAUCUACCACAAUAGUGAUAACGUUAACAGUAAUAUUCUUUACAAAAUUUAUUAAAAUAAAUUUUAAUACAAUGUAA